CUCCCGUGCGCUCUCCCGUGCGCAUGCGUGCGACGGCGGGGGCGGCAGGACUGACUGCACCUGGACUGAGGAGGCCGAACAGGCGUCCGGGAGCUCGGCAUGGCUGUACCCGCGGCGUCUAUGGGGCCCUCGGCAUUGGGCCAGAGCGGUCCCGGCUCAAUGGCUCCCUGGUGUUCAGUGACCAGCGGCCCGACGCGCUAUGUGCUCGGAAUGCAGGAGUUGUUCCGCGGCCACAGCAAGACGCGCGAGUUCCCGGCGCACAGCGCCAAGGUGCACUCGGUGGCCUGGAGUUGUGACGGGCGUCGCCUGGCCUCGGGGUCCUUCGACAAGACGGCCAGUGUCUUCCUGCUGGAGAAGGACCGGUUGGUCAAAGAAAACAAUUAUCGGGGCCAUGGGGAUAGCGUGGACCAGCUCUGUUGGCACCCAAGUAAUCCUGAUCUUUUUGUCACUGCAUCUGGAGACAAAACCAUUCGCAUCUGGGAUGUAAGGACUACAAAAUGCAUUGCCACCGUGAACACUAAAGGGGAGAACAUUAAUAUUUGCUGGAGUCCCGACGGGCAGACCAUUGCUGUAGGCAACAAGGACGAUGUGGUGACUUUUAUUGAUGCCAAGACACACCGUUCCAAAGCAGAGGAGCAGUUCAAGUUCGAGGUCAAUGAAAUCUCCUGGAAUAAUGACAAUAACAUGUUCUUCCUGACAAAUGGCAAUGGCUGUAUCAACAUACUCAGCUACCCAGAGCUGAAGCCUGUACAGUCCAUCAAUGCCCAUCCUUCCAACUGCAUCUGUAUCAAAUUUGACCCCAUGGGGAAGUACUUUGCCACAGGAAGUGCAGAUGCUUUGGUCAGCCUCUGGGAUGUGGAUGAGUUAGUGUGUGUUCGGUGCUUUUCCAGGCUGGAUUGGCCUGUGAGGACCCUCAGUUUUAGCCAUGAUGGGAAAAUGCUGGCAUCAGCCUCGGAAGAUCAUUUCAUUGACAUUGCUGAAGUAGAGACAGGAGACAAGCUGUGGGAGGUGCAGUGUGAGUCCCCGACCUUCACCGUGGCUUGGCACCCCAAAAGGCCUCUGCUGGCAUUUGCCUGUGAUGACAAAGACGGCAAAUACGACAGCAGUCGGGAAGCUGGAACUGUGAAGCUGUUUGGGCUUCCUAAUGAUUCCUGAUAGAAGGACCUGAUGUACGGAGAAGGCCCAGGCAGAAGCUUCCACUGCAUAGUUAGUUUGGUCUGUCCUCUUGGAGCUGGUGGGCACCUAAAGUGUUUGUAAGUUGGAGUAAGUUAUACUUGUCAGGCUGCCCAUUCCAGUUUCCUUUCUGUUUGUUAUGUUAGCUCUUCCCAUGCCUUGGCCCUUGCAGGAGGGCUCUGCAGUGAUGACACCAGCAUACCUCGUUCUCGGGGCCUCCUGUCUUCCUGCUUUUGGGCAUACAAUGGACUUUUGUUGGGCUUGCUUCUACUUCGACAGGACCUAGUUUGGGGGGGUGGGUGGGUAAGAUGGGAUGGGAAUUUUUUAAUAAUAAAAAUAUAUAUAAUUUUGAGACCUGAGCAUUUAAUAAAACUGACUUUUUAAUUACAGGACUUUUAGGAAUUUAAAAAUUAUGAUAUCAUUAUUAUUAUUUUCUUAUGUUAUUAUAGGAAGGAACAUGUUGUUCCGUUUUUAAAAAAUUGCAGAUAGAAUUUAAAUAUUGUAAUUCUCUCGUAAGUUGUUUAUGUGUACGUAUACCUGGCCUCAUUCUACAAAGAUUCUGUAGGCAAUGAAUUUAUGUUAAACAUUGAGAAUAGUGGUAGAAUAUAAAUAAACACAAAAUCAGAAUAAUUUAUCUGCCUAUAAAUUAGAAUAGGAAGUCAAGACCAGGGGAAUUCAAAUAGAAAUAUGCAAAAAAUAAGGAAAAAGGCCCUAAUUGAAUGAUUGAACUCAAAUUCUGGGUCUGUACUCUGGUGACAAAGUGAAGGAGGGUCUCAGCCAGCUAAUUCCUAUUAAAAUAAGCACAUGCCAGCUCCUCAGAGAAAGCAAAGCAUAUAUUAGCUCUUACCUCAAGGAGAAAUGGCUCAUGUAGGGGGUAUUUACCUGUGAGCACUAUCUUGGUUUUCAUUGUACUUUAAUGCAUUCUGGCAUUAAAAAAAAAAAAAAAAAA